AUGGACCUAGUGUGGGCCGAAAGAAAAAAAAAACCGGACGAAAAAACUCUCGGUACUCUUCAUAUACAAGACAAAAAACGCAACAGUGUGACCAUGAAUGAUGAGGACAAACCCGAGACAACCAAUCGUGUGGGCCGAAACCACCACAUGCUAUUAGUGUCAAACAAUAGUUUUGAAGGAGUGCGUGGAGGCAUGCACUUCAAACUUAUUUCAAUUUCAUCGACAAGUGAGCGUCAUAUGCACCAGUGUGAUGAGUGCGGCAAGUGUGUGACCACCAAAAGUAACCUGAAGGCACACAAGAUCUGCCACACCUCGCAGCGACCCUUCAAAUGUGAGGAGUGCCCGGCCACCUUCAGAGGCUACAGUGCGCUGUCGCAGCACCGCAAGGUGCACUCGUCCUCGCAGCCGUACCACUGCGAGUACUGCUCCAAGGCCUUCCGCCGCCGCUCCGGACUCGUGCACCACAUCCGCACGCACACCGGUGUCGUAUUCGACGGCUAA